GAAGCGCAGGGGGAUGGGACGGCGGUGACGCGAUUCUGUCCGCGUUGGAGGGGCUGGGCCUCCGCCGGAGUCGCCGCGGCUGCCGCGUGACGUGGCACAGCCGAAGCCUUAACGCCGAGAGCCGGAGCUGCCCCGCCAGUCGCCGAGCAGGUCGUCGCCCCGCUGCCUUCGGGUUCUGGAGCUUCGUGCCGCCGCGCCCAGCCCUCGAGCUUCCUCGGCCGCGCUCUUUUCCUCAGCGGCGGUACCUCGGCGCCGUUUGCCGGGAGCGGGAAAGGAGAGGCCCCGGGGACGCCCCGCACAACACUUUCUGCCGGUCGCUGGUGCCCCGACCCACCGCCAUGGGCCUCACGAUCUCUUCACUCUUCUCGCGCCUCUUUGGCAAGAAGCAGAUGCGCAUUUUGAUGGUUGGAUUGGAUGCUGCUGGCAAGACGACCAUUCUGUAUAAACUGAAGUUAGGGGAGAUAGUCACCACCAUUCCUACCAUUGGUUUUAAUGUGGAAACAGUCGAAUAUAAGAACAUUUGUUUCACGGUGUGGGAUGUUGGUGGUCAAGAUAAAAUUAGACCUCUCUGGAGGCAUUACUUCCAAAAUACCCAGGGUCUUAUUUUUGUGGUAGAUAGCAAUGAUCGUGAACGAAUUCAGGAAGGAGCAGAAGAGCUGCGGAAAAUGCUUCAGGAAGAUGAGUUGCAAGACGCAGUAUUACUGCUUUUUGCAAACAAACAAGAUUUGCCAAAUGCCAUGGCCAUCAGUGAAAUGACAGAUAAAUUAGGUCUUCAGUCUCUUCGUAACAGAACAUGGUAUGUUCAAGCCACUUGUGCUACACAAGGAACUGGUCUGUACGAAGGACUUGACUGGCUGUCAAAUGAACUUUCAAAACGUUAAAUGAAGCUGGAUAUCUAACCAAGGACAUGAUUGAUAGAAUUGGUCUAGGCUUGUUACAACAAAAUUAGUUGCAUCUUGGUUAUUAAACAGUAUCUGGGACUGGUUUGGGCAGAAUAUUACAACGUUUAAACUUAUUUUGUUGCCAAUUAUUGUUUACCACGUAUAAUGCUACUAUUUAGCAAUAUACUUGGUUUUAAGAAAUUCUCCUUAACUUGGGAAAAAGUAUCCUCUUUUAAUUUACCUAUCCUUAAACCUAAAUGCCUGGACAUAGCUAUUGUGACAACUUCAAAUAAAUCUGUUUUGAAUGUUUUUGAGCCCACAACAAAUAAUGUUUUAAAGUUAUUCCCUUGCUACUCUACUGAUACCUUUAUCAUUCCUGGGACAGUCUGCUGAUUUAAAAAAUGUAGCAUUCCAUUUGUAUUUAUUUUUCUCCCUUGCCAAAAAGAUUUUCUAAUACUGCUUGUACCAGCCAAGGAAAUUCACCAAAACACUAGAUCUCUUGCACUGAGGAACUUAUUUUGCCCCCCAUUAUUGACUCCUGACUUCCUCACUCAAGCUUGGUGUGGUUUGGAUUUGAUAGUUUAUUAGUCCUGGGCUGGUUGCAAAGAGUUCAUAUUGAGAUGAUUUUUAAUUAUCAGCAGAUUGUCUUUAUAUUGUAUCUUUUUUAUGUUGCAUGUUGCUUUUGGUAUCAGCCUGACUCUUUGCCCAGUAUGAUAGUUCUGCUGAUGUUUUAUUGUUUAUUGGUGAACAUAUCUUCCUUAAAGAGUUUUUGGAAAACUCAUUAAACUCAGUAAGUUUUCUUCAUAACCCAUUUGAAAUUAUUCCUAAUAAAAUGAUAAAACAUGUAA